CGGGACCCGCCUGCUGUCCUACCAUAACAGGCGCAAGCCACUUCGGCGCCAGCGGGGUCCGUUGCACCGACAUCAACCUCGAGAGACUGAGAGAACAGCACAGUUUUAUUUACGAGCGGCAUUGGCUACACCCACUCGAUUUCCCCGUCCCUUCGCUCGAAUCCAGCGCACACGAUGGCCGCCCCCGCCGCCGCCCCCGCCGACGCGCAGUCGCAGUUCCCCCCACCAAAAGUCCUGACCUACCCCGCGGCAGCCCCGCCAUCGCUGAUCACGCAGGGCGCCGAAGGCCGCCUCUACAAGACGACGCACCUGCUGCCCGACCGGCCGUGCGCGCUCAAAUACCGCCCGCCCAAGCCCUACCGGCACCCGAUCCUGGACGCGCGGCUGACCAAGGCGCGCCUCUCGGCCGAGGCCAAGGUGCUCGACCGCUGCCGCCGCGAGGGCGUGCCCGUGCCGGCCGUCUACGCCAUGGACCCGGCCGCCGGCUGGAUGAUGAUGGAGUGGAUCGAGGGCAUCCCCGUGCGCGCCGCCAUCAACGAGUGGCUUGGCGCGAGGAGGCCGCCCGAGGAGGGCGCCGAGCCGUCCGCCGAGGCGGCCGACGACGGGGCUCCGCUUGCCGACCUGAUGAGGCGGAUUGGGAUUGCUAUGGGCGCGCUGCACCGGACGGGGGUUGUGCACGGGGACCUGACGACGAGCAACAUGAUGCUGCGACCGAGGGGAGAGGGGCAGGCAGUUAAUGGGUGUGUCGGGGGCGGCGACGACAAAGCGAAAGUGCUAGAGGGGGAGGUGGUCUUGAUCGACUUUGGGCUUGCGACGCAGAGCAUGUCGGACGAGGACCGGGCUGUGGACCUCUACGUCCUCGAGAGGGCUUUUGCGAGCACCCAUCCGAGAGCCGAGCGGUUGUUCGCAACCGUGCUGGAAUCGUACAAGGAUACGUUCAAAAAGGCGCCGUCGGUGUUGGUCAAGCUGGAGGAUGUAAGGAUGCGCGGGCGAAAGAGGAGCAUGCUUGGAUGAGUCGAUACCCCAUACCAUACAGAAAUAAAGAUGAAUGAAGCAGGCAGGAAGUGCGCUUCGCUCGAUUAUUCGUUCGCCGUGCAGUGUAACACUAUCGCUUCUGGGAGAUACAAA